AUGGCAGCCGUGGAGGCGGAAGAGGUGGAGGCCGUCAGCUUGGCCUUGCCGAAGAAGCUGUUUCACUGCGCCGCCUGUCUGGCCCCCCUCAAGCCUCCGGUGUUCAGGUGCGGGAGCGAGCAUUUCGUGUGCCAGGCCUGCGUCAGCGGCGGCGACGGCAACGGCGGCACGAACAAGCGCUGCGGUCCAUGCGGGCACGCCGUGUCCUACACCCGCUCCCGCUUCAUGGACGGCGUGGUCGACGCCUACAAGGUGCCGUGCCUCUACAAGGGACACGGCUGGGCCAUGGACGGCAUCCCCUACCACUCGGCCGCCGACCACAAGGCCAGCUGCAAGCACGCGCCCUGCUACUGCUUCGACUGCCGCUUCGUGGGCUCGCCGGCCAAGCUCGUGCGCCACCUCGCCUCGCCGUCCGGCGCGCACGCGUGGCCCGUGGAGAAGAUCAGGUACGAGGUGCCCCAGCCGUUCGUCGUGCCGGCGUCGUCCGAGGAGGACCAGCGCCGCCUGCUAGUCGCGGAGGACGGCCGCGUGUUCCUCCUGGCCGUGGGCGCCGCCAGGGAGCCGGGCGGCCGCCGCCCCGUCACCGUCGUGUGCGUCAGGGGCAACGCCGACGCGGACGCGGACGCGAAGCCCCUGUACACGGGCGUGCUCUGGGUGGACGGCCCUCCGGCACCCCCGCGCCAGCCGCUCGGGUGCAGCUUCAGGCUGAAGGCGACGGUGGCCAGCUGCUCCGUCCCCGGCGCCGUGGACAUGGACCAGGGCUGGCUCCACGCCCAUGUCAGCCCCAACAUGCUGCACGGAGGAGAGUCCGGCGAGCUCCAUCUGCGCCUUUGUCUCACUAAGUUGGCGUGA